GCCAGUUGGCGGGUCGCGCCUUCCCCGGGGGGCAGCUGGGGGUCGCGCCUUCCCCCGGAGUGGCGUUGGGCGGCGGCGAGUCCACCUCCCGGAACAUAUCCUGGGCGGGGGCCGCGGUGGGCGCCGCCGCUCGGGCCCGCCAGUUGGCGGGGGGGUCGAAAACGGCCAAGUCCCCGUUCUGCGGGUUCGCGGGCCAGUCUGCAAGGCCCAGUUUGUAUGGGAAAACGGCCCGACGCACGGACCACCCCAUACAGAACCGCCCCCCUGGGAAUCGCGUCCGCACCAUCGAACGUUUGCACACCAUCUCCGGACCCAACUGA